GUCAGAAAGUAUGUUAAUUAAACCACGCCCACUUCUGCUGUCAGUAUUUGCGUUUGUAUUCAUAAUCAAUCGUCUAAUUGUUUGCCCUGGAUACGGCCGUCUAGUAACGUGCGGCUGGAUCGUACUACAAUAUAAAUACUGAGCCAUAGCGGAUCGUUUAGGGUGAAAAUAUCAGCGGAACGGGAGCCCUGAUCGUUAAACAUGACAACCGAGGAUACAAAAAAUUAUCUCUCAACGCGGGAAAUCCCGCAGUUGUUUGAGAGUUUGAUGACUGGAUUGAUGUACUAUAGACCAGAAGAUCAUUUAGAAUACAUGCAGGAAUGUCUCAAUAAGGCAAAAGAAAAAGGACCUGACAAUAUUAAAUGGAAUUCCUUUGUAGAAGAUAUCAAACGUUCUAGUCCAUUGCCGCCCAUCACUCCGUCCCUAUCCAGAGAACCUACAUUUCAAACAG